GUUGGGGCUGUCAGACUAGGGGGCAAACUGAGCUGAGUGCCGAGGAAGGUGACUAGAGUUCAAAGGUCAUAGGUCAGUGUAGCGAUUUGUGGUGGGACGGUCGAAAGUCGGCGGGGUCCUGAGUCUAGAGACCGGUAGGGACUGAAUACUCAGGAUACAAAUUUGGGGGAAGGGGGAUUGGAGGGAGGAGAAGCGAGAGCGGAGGGGGCGCCUGGUACCGGAGGAGGCGGGAGAAUUAGGAGAGAAGACAGAAGGGAGAAGGAAGCCCCUUGAUAGUCAUUCCUAGACCCCGGCCCCGUCACUAUUGAGCACUUAGCCGGGCCUCCCUUAGUUGCAACCCCAGCCGUCGGCAGGGUCAGGAGAUGGCUUCUCCCUCUAGACAGGCCCCCCUCGGGGGGUCAGGACUGCUUCAAGGGAGCCGGGCUCGAUCUUACGGAAGCCUGGUGCAGUCAGCUUGCUCUCCGGUGAGGGAGAGACGCCUGGAGCAUCAGUUGGCCCCCGGAGACACCCUGGCUGGACUAGCACUCAAAUACGGGGUGACGAUGGAACAGAUUAAGCGUGCAAACCGCCUUUAUACUAAUGACUCCAUCUUCCUGAAGAAAACCCUCUACAUCCCCAUCCUGACAGAGCCCAGAGACCUCUUCAAUGGCUUGGAUUCUGAGGAGGAGAAAGAUGGAGAGGAAGAAGUACAGUCAAGCAAGAAUGAAGGUCAGCCGCACUCCGCUGACAGGAAGAAACAAGAGACAGGUUCAGGACGUGCGAAUGGCGAAGUUCUUCCCACGCCUGCCCGGGAACCCCCCACUCCCAUCCAUGACCUCUCUGCCUCUGAUUUCCUUAAGAAGCUUGAUUCUCAGAUCAGCCUGUCCAAGAAAGCUGCUGCCCGGAAGCUGAAAAGAGGGGAAAGCGGGCUUCCUGGGGAGGAGUCAGGCCCUCACCUGAGCUCCCCUCGGAUGCAGCAGCGAGCAGUCCUAGGUCCAGUACCGCUGACCCGGACCUCUCGGACCCGGACACUUCGGGACCAGGAGGAUGAAAUCUUCAAACUCUGAUGUGCCCGGAAAUGAUUGAGAGAAGCAAGAUGUUGAAGUAGCAACUCGAGGGGGAGAGGAGCCUGAGGUGAGGCUCUAGAACACGGCUUCCCAGCCCACCUCCCUCCCUCCCGCCUUCAUUCCAGCCUUCUUGUCGAUCUCGAGUUCCUUGGCCUGGGGCAGCUUUAUUGGCAAGAGUAGAGGAUGGGGGGCAGACCCCUCCUCAGUUCCGGGGCUGAAUCUAGAGCUGUCCUUUAGGUUCAAAAGGCUCUUUUUACCUCCCUGUUGCCUUUCCCAUCCCCUUUACCUUUCCUUGGCCUUAGAACAGGGAGGCAAGGACUCCGCCAGCCUCUUUCCGUCUCCAACUACGUUCCCUAAUUUAUUUGGUGCUAUAUUGAAGUAGUAUUUAUUUGCUGUAUCUUACCGUUUUCCCUCUUGUAACUGAAAAAUGGGAUUUCUAUAGCUCUGGGGUGAAGGGGACCCAGGAAUAGCAAGCCAGUGGCUGCUGGCUGCCCACCCUCCCUAACCCCACCUUCUUAACCAAGCAGGUCACUGAGGACAGGGCAGUCUGUGAUCGAGCCCCUCUGCAGGGACCGUGCUGGGGCUUUCCCCCAGGCUCGUUGCAAAGAAUUUGGGCUCAGUCUUAACUAACGAGUCCACUGUAACUUUUUCACAACUCUUGCUCUGAGAAAAAAAACAGCAAGGUAGGGGACCAGAACUCUCCACGCCACCAGUUCACCCUCCUGACCCGCUCCUCUGUUCAUUCAGCCUGUGUGAGGCGAAGGAGUUUGAAGAGGAGGACAGUUGGGGGAGACCUUUGGGUGUGGGAGUUGCCUUGUUCUGCUCCCUCCCCACCAGAACCUGUUGAUCUAUGCCUUGCCCUUCACUGUGUAUUUAUUGGCCAUCCGUAGCACUGACCCACGGUCCCGUGUGUUUUUGAGUUUCUUAAGCAGAAGUAGGCAAGGGAACCCCAGUGCUGCUGGCACGAUGCCUCAGUCUCCUGUAUGGAAAUGGUGAGAGGCAAGGUGAGCGGUGUUUUUGUCUCUCUCCUUUGUGACGGUUGUCAGGUGUAAGAAGCUGGAGCGAUUAAACACUGAGCCCUGU